AUGAGCAGCUAUGAUACAUUCCCAUUUAAAAGCAAUUAUCAAGUAUCAAACCUACUUGGAUCCGGGGCAUAUGGACGUGUUUUCAAAGGGACAUCUUUAAAUGGAACGACAGUUGCGUUAAAAGAAAUACUGAUUCCUACCGAUGAUGAAGGUAUUCCACUGAGUACUCUACGUGAACUUAGUGUGCUAAAGAAAGUGCAGUCUUACAAUUGCCCUUAUCUCGUACAAAUGCUCGACAUCUCAUUGAAGAAGCAAGAAACUGGGAUAUCAAUAUACAUUGUUUUCGAAUUUGUUGAUUGUGAUUUGGCUUAUUUUCUUUCACAUCAUGUGCCAUCAACUGGGCUUCCACCUGAGACUAUCAGGAAUUUAUCUGACCAGUUGCUUCGUGGUACUGAUUUCCUCCAUUCACAUCGUAUAAUUCAUCGUGAUCUUAAACCUGCUAAUAUCCUCAUCAAUAAGGAAACUCUACGCUUAAAAAUAACUGACUUUGGUUUAUCACGUGUACUUGGUUGGGAGUCUUCACUUACACCAAUUGUUGUUACAUUGUGGUAUCGGUCUCCGGAGAUUUUAAUUCAAUCUGAAUAUUUAUCACCUUGUGAUAUAUGGGCUGCUGGUUGUAUCAUAGCAGAAUUAUUUAACUUACAAGCAAUUUUCCGUGCAGAAACAGAAUUAGAGAUGUUAAAACUUAUAUUUCAAGUUAUUGGAUUUCCUUCUCAAAAUGAAUGGCCUGCAUUGUCUUAUUUAAAAAGAUCAAACUUUCAGUUCAACUCUUCUGGUUCAAAACUACGUUCAUAUAUUAACACUAAAGAUAAAUCGGCACUCGAAUUACUUGAACUAAUGAUUCAAUUCAAUCCAAGAAAACGAAUCACUGCUUUCGAUGCCCUCUCACUACCAUAUUUUCAUCCAACCACCGUUGUUAGUAGUACUAGUAGCACUAAUCCUAUCGAUCGAUCCAUUCAAAAUAAUAUACAACAUAUUGAAACUGCAUUGCAUAAACCAUUAUUAAAAAGUGCCACGUCAACUCGACCGCCAAGUGGACGACAAACUCGUUAUUCCGUCAAUACCAUUCAUUCUACACAAUCAUGUACAACUGCGCUAUCUUCUUAUUUCCAGCAUCAUUUACCUGCCACAAUGAAUUUUCGACCUAAUUCUGUUGGUGUUGGUGGCGGUUGUAUGGAUGAAGUGGAUGGUCGUAUUCCAACAUUGACAAAUCAUGCUCAACUUAUACCUCAUACCACCACGACGACCACCGAUCAGUCAUCAAUGAGUCAUUCAUCUUCUAUGCCUACAACUAAUCAACAACAACUGAUUGUCACUUCAUGUAAUCCGCAUGAUAUUGACCAACAUCAACGUAAUUUAAUAAUAUCCGUUGUAAAUAAUGCUAUCAAUGAGAAUUCAUCAUCAUCAUCAGCAGCAGCAGUACCUGUAUUAACUAAUAUUCAACAAAAUUCUAUUACAACACCAUCACCACUACCACCUAGAAGACCAUUAACUAGACAACAAACUAAAUCAAUUCGACGGCAUACACAACCUACUAGAAAUUGUCUUACAGAAAUGAAUUGCCAAAAAAGUACAAAUCAAAAAUCAUAUAAAAAUUCCAAUGAAUUCUUAUUAUCAGAUAAUAUAUCUGUACAAAAAUUAAAUAAUACAACAGAUCCAUUGAAUGUAACGAAUCAUGUAGUUCGGCAGAAAAAAACAGCUCGUCGUCGAACAGUCAUGGGUGUUGUAGAGACAACCAAUUCUUCAACCAAACAAUUGAAGAAAAUCGAACCAACCAAUAGAACAACACGAAAACCUAAAGAAACUACACCUCUCCUUAUACAUACAAGAAUGCCUAUUAGUAAAGUAGACAAUCCCAUUCAUCAUAUUGACACUACGUCUGCUUUACCUUAUGUAUCACUUAGUCGAGAAGAGAUUUGUCAUCAUAACUCACCGGUUAGUGUUAUUCCUACCACUACUGCUACUAGUGCUACUGUUCCUGGUGCUACUACUGCUGCUGCCACCAGUGUUACUCUUAAUGUUGAAACAGAUUUACUUAAAUCAAAAGAAACACCUGUAAAUAAUUAUCAAAUUUCACAACCUACUACUACUACGAUGACGACCACGGCGUCGGCGGAUCCUUGUCCCUAUCAUCGUCGUCAACAACAGCGUUAUUCUCAAUCGAUUCGAUCUAAUGCACGAUAUUCCCUUGGACCUUCUACAUCGUCAUCAUCAUUACGCUCUAAUAAUCACAAUAGUAAUAAUAAUAAUAGUACUUCAAUGUUACAUUCAAUUCAUGAAUAUGAACAUUGUCCCGACGAUACUACUCAUAUCACUACUAAUACUACUAUUAAAACUACUACUUCUAUUACUACUACCACUACUAGUAAUAAUAAUAACAGUCAUAAGAGAAAAACAAAGGAAAAGAAACCAAUUGAAGAAAGUAACCCCCCACAAUCACUAUCCAAUCAUGAUAAUAUUGAGAAUUAUUGUUUCCCAAUAGAGAAUAAUGUUAAUAGUAGUAGUGGUAGUAGUAGUAGCAAUAGUAGUAUUAACCUAGUAAAACAUCCAUCACCAUCAACCGCUGCUCCAAUCAACACAUUAUGUUCUCCUUCAAAAUUAGCUCGUGUCACCAGUUCAUUGAAUCCCUUGAAUUAUGCACAAACACAAACUACCGAUCAUUUUAUCAAACAAGAUGAUAUUAUCAUUGAUGAAGAAGAGGAUACCACAGAAGAUGGCGAUGAGGAUGAUGAUGACAUUGAUUCAGAUGGUGUGGAUGAAAAUCAACCGGCUAAUACAAGUCUUGGUAUUAAUACAGCUAUGACUGGUUUGGCAUUGGUGAAUAGUCAUAGUAGCAGUAAUUCUAGUCAAUACAAGAAUAGCAAUACUACUAAUAACAAUACUAACGUUAGUAGUACUGUAAGUAGUUGUAAUAAUAGUACAAAUAAAAAGGAAACUGACAGUAAUCAUUCCAUGUUGACAGUAACCACAACUACUGAUAAAAUUGUUAGUAGUAGUGAACAAGUGAGUGCAAGCAUGCCUAUCUUGUCAAGCAGUGUUACAAUUCAGCUGACAUCUUGUUCCUUAGAUAAUUUAUUGUUUAGUAAAUAAAUGGAAAUCCGCAUGCUGAGAUCAUU